UGUGAUUCUUCUUCAUACAACAAUCUUCUUCAUUGCUUUUGCGCCGCGUUGUCUCUCUCAAAACUCCCUCAACCUCUCGAUCAAUUCCUCCAGAGCAAGUAUUCAAUCUUAAUCCGAAUUUGGUUUCGCCAUCUCUCAGGUGGUAGAAACUUUACCUAGAUUUGUCGAGAUAUAUUUAUCUUGAGAGUAUAUAGAUUUGGAAUCCAAAAUUUUCUCGUGAUGAUUUAGGUAAACGAAACCCAGUAAUUGAAACCUCUGGAUCGAGUUAGUAGAAUCCCUAAUUAGGGGGCUCUGUUCAGAAUCAGAACCAGCUCUGAGUUUCGAAGAUUGUCGAGUUGUUUGCUACAUAAUAUGAUAUCUGUCUGGUUGAUUUUGAUUUCUCGUUGAUAAGUAUGUAAUUGGAGCUAGGAAAAAAAAUCCCCAAAAUUUAUAUGAUUCUGAUUACUCAUCGGCUUUUAUAAAAAGAAAUUGUCGUCUCAUGUCAGAUACAGAUUUAAAUGGGUAAGAAGAAGUCAGAUGAGAGUGGGAAGCCAAGUGGAAAAGAUUCUUCUAAAGAACCGAAAAAGGAGAAACUAUCAGUCUCAGCGAUGCUUGCAAGCAUGGAGCCGAAAGAUGAUAAACCCAAGAAAGCUUCAUCAUCCAGAGCCUCUUCUUCAUCCAGAGCCGCUUCAUCAUCCAGAGCCAGGACUGUUCCAAAUAAAGGUUACAUGGAAGACAUAGAUCUUCCUCCUUCAUCAGAAGAAGACGAGGGCACUUCUGAUGGGGAACAGAAACAGAAGUUAAAGCAGAAGAGCGAACAGAGGCAUCUUGAUAUCUCUGUGACCAAUAAGGAACAGAAGAAGCGAGAGGCCAAAGAAAAAGCAGUUCUCCAGGCUGCAGAGCUUGCAAAGAGGGAGGCCUUGAAGGACGACCAUGAUGCAUUCACGGUUGUUAUUGGAAGCAAGACUUCCGUGCUCGAAGGAGAAGACAUGGCUGAUGCGAAUGUUAAAGAUAUAACGAUAGAUUCUUUUUCCGUCUCUGCGCGAGGUAAAGAACUUUUGAAGAAUGCAUCAGUCAAGAUUUCACAUGGAAAAAGGUACGGAUUGGUCGGGCCGAAUGGAAUGGGGAAGUCUACACUGUUAAAGCUUUUAGCAUGGAGGAAGAUUCCAGUUCCGAAGAAUAUUGAUGUUCUUCUUGUUGAGCAAGAGGUGGUCGCUGAUGAAAAGAGUGCUCUGGAAGCAGUUGUUUCUGCCAAUGAAGAGUUGGUUAAGCUAAGGGAGGAGGUUGCAGCUCUGCAGAAUUCGUCUUCUGGAGCUGACGGAGAUAAUGGUGACGAAGAUGAUGAUUCUGGAGAGAAGCUUGCUGAAUUGUAUGAGAGGCUAGAGAUCUUGGGGUCAGAUGCUGCUGAAGCACAGGCUUCCAAAAUACUUGCGGGGUUAGGUUUCACAAAAGAUAUGCAAGUCCGUGCAACUCAAUCGUUCAGUGGUGGCUGGAGGAUGCGAAUAUCGUUAGCUAGAGCUCUCUUUGUGCAACCUACUCUUUUGUUGUUAGAUGAACCCACCAACCAUCUCGACCUGAGAGCUGUUCUCUGGUUAGAGGAGUAUCUGUGUCGCUGGAAGAAGACGUUGGUAGUUGUUUCACAUGACCGAGACUUCCUCAACACUGUCUGCACUGAUAUAAUACAUUUGCAUGACCAGAAUCUCCACUUCUAUCGUGGUAACUUCGAUAGUUUCGAAACUGGAUAUGAUCAGCGACGCAAGGAGAUGAACAAAAAGUUUGAGAAAUAUGAGAAACAGGUUCAAGCAGCUAAGAGAUCUGGAAACCGUGCUCAACAGGAGAAGGUAAAGGACAGGGCCAAGUUUGCUGUGGCGAAAGAAGCAUCCAAGAGUAAAGCAAAGGGUAAGGCGAUAGAUGAGGAUGGCCCAGCACCGGAAGCUCCGAGGAAGUGGAGAGAUUAUAGCGUGGAGUUCCAUUUUCCAGAACCAACCGAGCUCACUCCUCCUCUUCUGCAGUUGAUUGAGGUUAGCUUCUGCUACCCCAAUAGGGCAGAUUUCAGGCUCUCAGAUGUUGAUGUAGGAAUUGAUAUGGGUACACGGGUCGCUAUAGUUGGGCCUAAUGGAGCUGGAAAAUCUACUCUUUUGAAUCUACUUGCGGGAGAUUUAGUUCCUACCGAGGGUGAAGUGAGAAGAAGCCAGAAGCUGAGGAUUGGCAGAUAUUCUCAGCACUUUGUUGACCUGUUAACAAUGGGGGAAACACCGGUUCAGUAUCUUCUUCGCCUUCAUCCAGACCAAGAGGGAUUUAGCAAGCAAGAGGCGGUGCGUGCGAAGCUGGGCAAGUUUGGACUAGCAAGUAACAAUCACUUAACUGCGAUUGCGAAAUUGUCUGGUGGACAAAAAGCUAGGGUUGUGUUCACUUCAAUCUCAAUGUCUAAGCCACACAUUUUGCUUCUUGACGAGCCUACGAAUCACUUAGACAUGCAGAGUAUAGAUGCGUUAGCAGAGGCACUAGAGGAGUUCAGUGGAGGAGUGGUGCUUGUGAGUCACGACUCGAGACUCAUAUCACGUGUGUGUCAGGAUGAAGAGAAGAGUCAGAUUUGGGUUGUAGAAGACGGAACAGUGUCUUUCUUCGAUGGCACAUUUGAUGAGUACAAAGAAGAUCUUCAAAGAGAAAUCAGAGAAGAGGUUGAUGAGUGAAGUUUUGUUGUUGGCUUCUAAUGGUAAAACAGUAAACUCAACUCCUUUUUAUAUUCAGAACAGACUUGAAAACUUUUGGACAAAUUUUAUUUCUUUUAGACAUUGUGUGUUUUCAUCAUACAUAUAUGCGUUAAUGAUAUGACACUAAAUUCCUCUUCCCCGUUUUACAUA